ACAGUCGCGUAGGGCUAUCCACCGGCACUUCCGGUCACUCUCCCCUCUCCGAUUCCCGCUAGAUACAUAAACUCCGAUCGAACACUGCCAUUUUUUAGCUCCAUAUCUAUGGUUUCUCAGAAUUAAUUUGAAAGUUAGCUGAUUUGAUUGGUUUUGUAUGAAGAACUACUGAUGUUUGCCUCUCUUAAUUCUUUUAAUUUGUGAACUCUUCGAGGUUAGAGUCUGUUUUAUAUUUGGAAUCUCUAAUUAGGGACAUCAUUGAGGCUGGUGAUUGUAAAAUUCUAGGGUGGGGUGUAAUUUAUUCAAGGUGGAAAACAUCUGCCUCUUUGUGAGGUAUUGAACAGAUCCAAUUUCAAUUACCUGUUAAUUGUUGAUUACACAACCAAAAGCACUGGCGCUGGAUAACUACUUGGAUUCCAGCCAGCAAACGGCUCUAUCACGAAUGGGGCCUUCUCGGGCCGGAGUCGGAAUGAUACAUUCCAAUUCCAGUUCCGGAAUCUUCUUCCAAGGAGACAUGCAGUCUCAAGCUUUAGGAGGUGGUGGUGGUGGCCCACGUAUGCAAAGAAGUGCAAGUGCCAACACAGAAUCUUACAUGAGAUUACCCGCAUCCCCCUUAUCAUUCUCCUCAAACAAUAUUAGCAUUUCAGGCUCUUCUGUUAUAGAUAAUCAAGAUCCACAUUCCCAAUCUCAACAAGUGCCACGUCAGGGAGCUUCAACUGCCACGUCAUUGCCUCCCCCACGACAAGUGUCACUCUCACUCCCAAAUGGCCCACGAGUUCCAGGAUCAUUCAUUCAAGAUAACGACAAUAUCUCCCACUUACAAAAGAAACCUCGAUUAGACAUCAAACAAGAAGACAUGAUGCAACAACAGGUUUUACAACAGAUAUUACAAAGACAAGAGUUACAAAGCCCAAAUCCACAGCUACAAACUUUGAUUCAACAACAAAGACUACGCCAACAACAACAACAGCAACAGCUGCUGCAGUCUUUGCCACCUGUCCAACGAGCACAUCUGCUUCAACAACAGCAACAGCAACAGCUGCAGUUAAGACAACAACUUCAACAACAGAGCUUGCAACCUUCAUCUUCAGUGAAACGACCUUAUGAUGGUGGUGUAUGCUCAAGAAGAUUGAUGCAGUAUUUGUAUCAUCAAAGGCAACGUCCAGCUGAUAAUGUUAUUUCCUACUGGAGGAAGUUUGUAGCAGAGUAUUACUCUCCACGUGCUAAAAAAAGAUGGUGUUUGUCUUUAUAUGAUAAUGUAGGGCAUCACUCAUUGGGUGUAUUCCCACAGGCAGCAAUGGAUGCAUGGCAGUGUGAUAUUUGUGGGUCAAAAUCUGGAAGAGGAUUUGAGGCAACUUUUGAAGUUCUACCGAGACUGAAUGAAAUAAAAUUUGGAAGUGGUGUAAUCGAUGAGCUUUUGUUUCUUGAUUUACCUCGGGAAUAUAGAUUUCCUUCUGGAAUAAUGGUGUUGGAAUAUGGACAAGCUGUUCAAGAAAGUAUAUAUGAGCAACUUCGUGUGGUUCGUGAAGGUCAACUCAAAGUUAUUUUCACCCCCGAUUUAAAGAUAUUAACCUGGGAAUUCUGUGCACGAAGACAUGAGGAGCUUCUUCCACGUAGAUUGGUUGCACCUCAGGUGAAUCAGUUGUUACAAGUUGCACAAAAAUGCCAAUCUACAAUAGCUGAAAGUGGUUCUGAUGGUGUCUCCCAGCAAGAUUUACAGACAAAUAGCAACAUGGUCGUGACAGCUGGGCGACAGCUGGCGAGAAGCUUAGAGUUGCAAUCAUUAAACGACUUGGGUUUUUCCAAAAGAUAUGUUAGGUGCUUACAGAUAUCUGAAGUGGUCAAUAGCAUGAAAGACUUGAUGGAUUUCUGUCGUGAAACUAAAGCGGGCCCUAUCGAGGGAUUAAAAAGCUAUCCACGACAAACAAGCUCUUCAGUGAAAUCACAAAUGGAGCAAAUAUCUAGCAUUCCAGACCGAAACACCCUGAGUAAACUAGUGUCGUUGACCAACAACAGUCAACAACAGAUGGGUCCACGGGCCCCACUGAAUAAUGGUACAACCCAAACCCAAGCUGCAGUUGCACUAUCAAACUUUCAAAACAUGCUAAUGAGACAAAACUCAAUGAAUUCAAACUCCCAAUCUCAACAACAAGAAGCUUCUUCUUCUUUCAACAACUCAAACCAACAGAAUUACCCAUUUCAAACCGUGUCCGGGUCCGGGUCGGGUGGGUUGUUAAACCCUAACCCACAUAUGAUCCAACAACAACAACAACAACAACAACAACAACAAAGGCCUAUUUUCAAUCAACAGUCACCCUCUCACAGUGGCAGUCAAAUGCAGCAACACAUGAUCCAGCAGCUUCUUCAAGACAUGAGUAGCGGCGGUGGUGGUGGUGCAAAGCCGUCGCAUUCGGGGCAAAGUGCCGCCAGCGGGAGUAUGGGGAGAUACGGGAUGUCGUCAUCGGGUACUUCACGGCCGCCAGCUGUCCCGACUAGAAGUAAUAGUUUUAAGGGGGCUUCACGGAGUGAUUCGUCUGCUGGUGUGGGUGUGGGUGUGGGUGUAGGGGUCGUUGGGGUGGGGGUAGGUGUAGGGGAUCGGAAAGAUUUGGGGAGUUUGUGUGAUGAUAUUGUUGGGGAUAUAGGGAGUGAGUUUAAUGGGAGUGGGUUUUUUGAUAAUGAUGAAUUGGAGUAUGGUGGUUGGAAGGGCUGAAUUUGGAAUUCUAUCAAUGUACAGUUUGUAUUUUGACUAUUGGACUAUUAUCAUCAUAUACGUUGACAUCUUUUUUUUUCUUUCUUUUUCUAAUAGUCCUCAAUGAAUGAUGUGGGCCGUUGUGCAUGUGGGGUGUC